AUGGAGACUCCAUCACCAGAAACUCGUGCUCAUCGAGCCAUCGAAUCGUUCGGGUUGGGGCAUUUUGUGUCGUUAAGAUCCGCAGCCCUGGCCCUCGAGGUUCCAGUCUCAACAGUCUAUCAUCGGGCAGCUGGGAGGCCAUCCAACGCUCACAAGUCAAAAAAUCAACUUGCCUUACUUGCCGAAGAGGAGAAGGUUCUCAUUGAAUGGAUUUUUCAGCUCCAUCGUCUCGGUGUUUCUGCUCGGCCGUCCCGAGUUCGAGGGAUGGCGGAACACAUCCGUCGAACCAGAACGGGCGCUGAUUUGCUACCGUUAGGCAAGAAUUGGGUGACAAAGUUCACAAAAAGACACCCGGAAAUCAAAAGUGUGAUGGGUGCAAGACUGGAUAAGGAGCGCUGGAACAGUGUUACUCGGGAAUCCAUGGAAGGGUGGUUCAACUUGCUCAAGUCUGUGAAGGAGGAAUACCGGAUCCUUGACAGCAACAUCUAUAAUAUGGAUGAAAAGGGGUGUAUUCUGGGAAUAUCAGAGAAGGCGCGGGUUCUGAUUCCUUCCAGCUCUCGUGUCAAAUACAUAAAACAAGCCGGUGACCGAGAAUCAGUCACGGUUAUCGAAUGUAUUAGAAGCAGUGGAGAGGUUAUUCCACCCUUCGUGAUCUGGAAAGCUCACACGCAUCGGGAUAAUUGGAUCCCCGUCACAAUGCGCCAAUCCAUGAAUGGAACUGCUUUCGCGACUAGUCCGAAUGGAUACACUGACCAUGAGCUUGGGUUUGAGUGGUUGAGGACCAUUUUCCAUCCAGCAACCGUUCAAUCAGCCCGGGGUCACACGCGGCUUCUCAUCAUGGAUGGAAAUUCCAGUCACCUCACCAGCAAAUUCCUGGGAUUCUGCCAUGACUACAACAUCUUACCACUCUGUUUACCGCCUCAUACCACGCAUCUCUUGCAACCACUCGAUGUGGGGUGCUUUGCACCACUCGCCCAUUACUACCGAGUGGAGGUUGAUGAGGCCACGCAAUAUGGUUUGCAUGGCGUUUCCAAAUAUAGCUUUCUACAGUUCUACUCAGUGGCUCGCGAAAAGACAUUCAAAGCAGAAACCAUUCACUCUGCCUACCGGAAAGCUGGAAUUGUUCCGACUGACCCUGAAGUGGUUCUCCAGCAACUCAUUGACCCCGCCGAACCAGCCGGCGAUCUGAUUAAGCGUCCUGCGCUCCCAUCACCUCCGUCACGGCCAGGGAGCUCUACAAGCUCUGUACCAACACCACGGGAUUAUGCAAAGCUGAUCGAGUACUGCGGGCGGUUGGAGGAGUACGUUCGAAGCCGAGACAACCAGAACAGCCCGUCUCAGAGGUUGUCUAACAAAGUAUACAAAGCUGUAGUCCGCAAGAGCGCCGAGUUUACAAUCCUCGAAGAGACUAAUGCAGGAUUGACCAAGGUCAUAACUGCCAAAAAGGAGAGAACGAAGCUGAGAAGGCGUGUUAUCUCAACCGGGCGGGUUCUUACCCUAGUCCAAGUGCAUGAGAUCAGGGAGGAGGAAAAGAAGCGCCAGACAGAAAAAAAGAAGCGACCAACGGAAGGCAGCAAGAAUAUGAGAAAGUCGCCGAAACGCAAAAACACCAAUGAUAUGACUUCCGGGCAUAAUAAGAGACUUAAGUUGCAUUGUGAAGAGCCGCGACCAGAGACUCACACCAGUGAACCGACCGUGAACCCGCUACCGACAACAGCCUCCACGAUCACCAACAAAGAGGCUAUGGACCUCAACACUUCCUACGAUACUUGCGCAGUCGACAACAUUUCUUCAUUUGAGAUUAAAGGGAUGGAAGUACCGAAUCUGCAAACACCAGCUUUGUUAAAUGGUCAAUUACCAGCAAGCGGGGGUCAAACUGCCCCGCCUCCCGGCACUGAUAAAGCGCCACGCAGGUGCUCUGGGUGUGGAAGUUUCGAUCAUAAUUAUAGAAAAUGUCCUAAUAGACGUAAUUAG